CGAUCCGGCGAUUCAGUACUGCGAUAGAAUCCGUUUGUGUCUGGCCUGGUAGCCACAAGAGAGAGCACUAAUAGAAGCAAGAGCAAGGUGGUCAGUCGGUUCAGUAGCUAAGAGCAGCUAAGAGGAAGAAGAUCGAGUGUUAGUCGCUCUUUCGAGUAGUUAAGACCAACGCGCGCGUGCAUUUGAUUGUUUGAAGGUGAAACGUGAUUCCAGAAUUCCAUUUUCUUCCCAGCAGCUGUGAAGUGAUUGAGUGGAGUGACGAUCGACCCCCCAGGGAUCGUACCUUCCAGUUACCUGAUAACACGCGAACGACACAUAAACCUUAGCCAAAAUGUUUAAGAAUCACCUAGCGAUGAUCGGCAUGAACGAAACGCCAAACAAGAAAGCAAGAUUCUGGCAAUCAUACAUCAGAUCACUGAAAGGAUCCGAUGAUAUCCGCGCACAUGACGGCCCCACCUGGCGGAACCGACCGAUCCUGCUGCUGAACGAGCUGGACACACCGGCAGGCCGCGUCCAAUCGCCCGGAUACCACUACUCGCCGGUGCACCGGGAAACGUACGGCUACUCUCCGCGACCAAUCUACGACCACCAGUAUCCACGCCACCGCCGGGCAGCUAGCGUAGGCAGAUUGGCCGAUGCCGAGAGAGCCUGGGCCGACCAUCUGGAACGGAUGAGAGAUAUCGAUCGCAGCGUAUAUAACGUUUUGAAGAAACUCCUCGAACGAUACCCAUCACGUUACGGACUGUACCUGCGGGACAAACCGAGCCAGGUUGUGCUGCCACAGGAGCUGGAGUACGAACCGGACACAAAGCCAAUCUUCUCACUGCAUUAGGACGCUUCCUCCUCCAACUCGAUGAACCCCAAAGUAGAAACAGUAGCCAAACCAAAUGACCUACUAAAACGAUAACCGUAACUGAUGUAAAAUCUUAAAAAAAAACAGGAACUCUCCCGCUAGAGGACGAACAUUUUAUUUUAUUUCUUAUUUAAAUAUUUACUAAGUUUUAAAAAUAAACGUGUAUCAUAUUUCUAGAAAAGAACGUCAAAUUAAAUGAAAGGAAAACAUUUUUCUAUUAACCCUCAUAUUCAAUGUUCAAUGAAAAAUGUACCAGAAAAAAUCGCACACAAAUUAAACGUCGAAACCAGUAUAAGCAACAGGGUAUUAUCGUGUAGCAAAAAAUCAGUUGAUCAAAAAGGAUCAGCGAACAAAAAAAAAGAUGUCAAUCGACAACCAUUCGAUGUAUACUUCCCCACACACAGUAGGCCCAAAUGUAUUAUUUCUUUCCAAUCUUUCAAAAAACUCAUAUCAACGAUUCAAGCGAAACCCCAUCUCGAAUCGAAGUAGGCAUCGCAGGGAAAACACACGCACACACACACAAACAAGCAACGUCAGAUCAAUGGAAUGAGGGCACCCGGGCCUCAUAUCCAGUUCUCAUUAAGCCAGGGAAAAGCAACCUAUGAUGAAAAGCCGCGUUCAUUCGGAAAAAACGCAACAAAAAGAAAUAAGUCCUGCAGGCACGUCAUUUUUUCCGCGCGCACACACCUACAAUGCGAGUCAAUCGACAAGUAGCCAUGAACACCCGCAUGUGUGCGUUUCCAUGGUGUUGCAUCAUCGCUUACUCUUCUCUCAUCAUGUUUUUAAAACAUCCGUUGCUGUGAUUGUAACCACGUAAUUCCCGUGCUUGUCUUUAUCGGAGGAUGCGCUCUUAUUGAAAACAAUUUUAAAUUUUCGUUCGAAACGAUACGGUCAGGAACACAAAGAACCCACACUCACAUAUACAUACAUACAGACACUAGUAAGUGAGAGGAUGACAUAAGAAACUGAAACAGCUUAAAGCUACAUGGAAUCAAUAAAAGAUGUGCUCUUAUUACGAGUGUUAAAU